AUGGAAAUGAACAGAAGCUCUGGGGCAGACUUCAUCCUUCUGGGAUUUUCUAGUCGACCACAACUGGAGCAUGCCAUCUCUGUCGUUGUCUUCAUCUUCUAUAUUGUGACUCUGGCAGGAAACACAACCAUCAUUCUAGUGUCUUAUCUGGACUCUCAGCUCCAUACUCCCAUGUAUUUCUUUUUAUCUAAUUUGUCUUUUGUGGACCUCUGUUACACUACUAGCAUUGUCCCACAGAUGCUGGUAAAUCUAUGGGGUCCAAAGAAGUCUAUCACAUAUGGAGGGUGUGUGCUCCAGUUCUUCUUUGCUCUGGACCUGGGAGCCACAGAAUGUCUCCUCUUGGCCGUAAUGGCCUAUGAUCGUUAUGCUGCUGUUUGUCAACCUCUUCACUACACAGUAAUAAUGCACCCUGUUCUUUGCCAGAAGAUGGUGCUGUCAGCCUGGUUGGGUGGUCUUGGCAGUGCCUUAAUUCUUUGUUCCUUGACUUUGAAGUUGCCAAGGUGUGGACACCGGGAAGUGGAUAAUUUUUUCUGUGAAAUGCCAGCGUUGAUCAAGAUGGCUUGUGUCUACUCCAGAGUAAUCGAGAUUGUUGUGUUUACUCUUGGAGUUAUAUUUCUUCUUGUACCUCUAUCACUAAUCCUCAUCUCCUAUGGAGUCAUUACUCAGGCUGUGAUGAAGAUCAAGUCAGCAACAAGGUGGAAAAAGGUUCUUAAUACAUGUGGUUCCCACCUCACAGUAGUCACCUUGUUUUAUGGAACACUCAUUUAUAUGUACAUGAGGCCACAGAAUACCAUAUCCCACGAGGAAGGACAGUUUUUUACUCUUUUUUACACUAUUGUUACCCCUAGCCUUAACCCUUUGAUCUACACCUUAAGAAACAAAGACGUGAAGAGUGCAGUGAAGAGAAUUCUAGGAAUAGACAAACAUUCUGCCAAAGUGUGA